AUGACAAAUUCUGCUCAGGAUGAGGCUGUAGAGGCUCGAGGUUUCCAUGUGGUCCACGAACCCGAUGAGGCAGAUUUUGCUCUGCUCAGACUGAAGACACCAUUUGAUGACCGGCCUGGACAAUUCGAAAAGUUUUUCCAUGCCGGGUCGCUGGAAUUCUUACAGCAAGACAAAGCUCAACUUGAUAAAAUUCUCGAGAAAACGUGCGCAAUCGUCGACAUUUACCUCAAUAGACCGGCGGUUAUACCUGAGUUGGUGGCAUCAGCAGCGACCGUCAUGUUGUCAACACAUCCGCUAAGUUCAAACCCAUCGGCACCGUUCUCAGCCUCCCUCAGCCAUUGCUCAAGGCCAACAUGUGGUUAG